AUGUCACAACCUCUCAAACUGAGCCUUCCAACGGCUCUCAUCCUUAUCGACAACCAAGUCGGCUUCUGCGCUCCAGAAACAAUUUCUCACUGGGGAACCACCCGCUCCAAUCCACGUUAUGAGGUCAAUCUCCAGGCUCUCCUAUCUGCAUUCCGAACCGCACGAUCUUCGUCAUCUACUCUGCUGGAAGUGAUUCAUAUCUUCCAUUCUUCCGUGACGCCUGGAAGUCCGCUACACCCGUCUACAGACGGAAUUCGUCCGCUGGACUUUGCUACCCCAGCCUCUGACGGCUCGGAGCCUAUUUUUUGGAAAUCGGUUAACUCUUCUUUCAUUGGAACCAAUCUUGAAGCGCAUCUGCGUGAGAAGGGAUUCCGGCAGCUUAUUAUCGCUGGGUUGACAACUGAUCACUGCGUCUCUACCACUGUUCGCAUGGCGGCUAAUCUGGGUGUUGUGGAUCGCUUACAUGGUGGGGAACCUGUAAAGAUCAAGUCUGAUGGUACCCAUGUCAAGGAUGUACCUGUGGAUAAGGGACGGAUUGUUCUUGUGUCUGAUGCAACUGCUACCUUUGGCAAGGGUGGAUUUGAUUCUGAUAUUAUUCACAAGGUUUCUGUGGCCAGUCUUGAUGGGGAGUUCUGUGACGUUAUUGGAACAGAAGAUAUCGUUGACGCUUUAAGGAGAUUUCAAUAA